AUGUUACGUACGUUGAAUAGCACUAGACAUCUACUAAGUACAAUUUGGAAACGUACACUGACGACUGUGGGAUCAGAAACUAUUGAAACCAUUCCUGAUGAAUAUGACGCAAGUGCUUCACAAGAUAUUAGAGCGGUAGAUGCAACAAACAGAAUUGCGCAAACGUACUCAAAAGAUGCUAUUGCCCAACUGAAGCUCGACAAAUAUCCAUUUUAUGUGGAGCGUGAAUGGUGGAAACGAGGGAAUCGGAUGACUUUCUGGGCAACAUGGCGACAACUGAGGGAUGUAAAACGUCGCGAACUAGUCGCUGAAACUGGGGCCGAUCGAAUGCGCCUUAAAGCGUUGAAAUGGAAUACGGUGCUACCCCAGGCAAUUCGUGAUGCUGCAGCUGAGGAGCUUCACAGCAUGCCAAAGUACGCAGUUCCUCGAUUAGUCCUCAAUAUGUGCAUGUUUACGGGCCGCCAACGUGGAAAGAUAAAACCUUAUCGACUAAAUAGACAUUUGUUCAGGAAGUUGGCAGACCACAGUAAACUAAGUGGUGUUCAGCGAGCAAUGUGGUAA